UUCAGCAACCCUAAACGCCUCCCACUACUCCCUUACGCCUUCCGACACCCGCCCACCGCCACCCUCCCAAACGCCUCCCACUCCGCCGCCCUGCUGCCUCUCUUACACCCGCCGACUGCCACCCUCCCAAACGCCUCCCACUCCGCCGCCCUUCUGCCUCUCUUACACCCGCCGACCGCCGCCGCACACAUCUCACCGGCCACCGCGGAUUAUCUCCACCCCUGCCGCCGUUCUUCGAAGCCGGCCUUCUCUUCUUUCCCUUUCAUUUCUUGCCUUCUUCUCCGAGAUGAGUGAGCACGAACGCCGCCUUUCCACCAUUGCUCGUCGUGGGCAGAAUUCACGACGGGCCUCAAAUGCUGAUCGUGAUAUCAAUGAUGAUAUCAAUCCCGACGAAGGACAAGCUCUUGACGGACAUGUCCAAACUCCUCCCUCCGAACAAUCAGACGCUCAUAUAAGCGUGCAUGGGGAGGGGGCAUCAUCUCAUGCACCUCCUUCAUCUCGUGCAAUAUAUGCCCCCUCCCACUCAAGAAGAGCGCCACAAUCCCGGUUCGCUUGAGGUGACACCUCAAUCGAUCCAUAG